AUGCCCAGACGAGUGCCAAGAUCACUUGCAUGCUUCAGGGCCAAUGAGCCAACUUUGUACGCUCCAUCGAUGAACUUUAUUAGCCAACCGAGCUGGGUCAAUAGCAAUGAAUACCUGCCUGGCGCGCUCAGGGACUCCUCUGCGGUCCUGCAAGCAGACUGCUCGCUCGAGAGCUACAGGAGCCACAUGUUCACGUCCUCUGCCAACCUGAGCGACUCGCCCUCGUCAAUGGACUUCGCGAACCAACCACACCUGGUGGUCGGCCAGAACAUCAACAACAAUCUCGGCAUUCCGCUCCACUCCAUCAACAAGAUCCCGUCGUACCAGUGGUCGUCCAAAAACGACGACCCGGAACACCACCCGACAAAGACAAAACACAUCCUGAGUGGUCUGGGAGCGGCCGACAGCGUUUCCUCGCUUGGAGCGCACACAAUGGGGGCGUCGUCCCUCAACAGCAAGCUCGUCAGAUUGCCGCUUUUGAACGAGACCACGGACGGCACCAAAUGGUCACUGGCCAACGGACUGCCCUACUACGACAAGGAAUAUGUCGAUAAACAGAUCAGAUACCUGAACCAGAAAAAGGCCAGGACGAUGUCGAACAGAUCGCAGUUUUCCGCACAGAUGAACGAGACCAUCGACGACGUGGAGUAUCUGCACGGCACCGUGAUCCUCAACCAGUUUCUCAACAACAAACGGCUGGUCCGCAACUACCAAUGGCUGAUGUACUUUGCAGACAAACAGGGGGGACGCAAACUGAGCGACAAAAUCGGCUCCUACGACAAUGUAAAGUACAAGUCGGUGCGCAACUUCCAAAAAUCGGUUGAGAGAAAGAUGGCACGCCAGCAACGCGAGGAAAUGGAGCGCAGAAAACGCGAGAUGGAAGGAUUGCCGCCUAUUCCACCUCAAAAUAACGCGGAAUCGGACGAGGACGAACAGGAUGAGGAAGAAGAAGGACCUAGAUUCCAAACGCUGGACAUUCCUGUCAACCUAACCAAGGAGCUGAUUAUCGAGAAAGAACUACCGAUCGACGACAAGGAGUUGAUCGACAACCAGAACAGAUUAUAUGGUAUUCAGAACUCUUAUCAAAUGCUAGAGGAGGCAAGACAAACGGACGGUAUCAUCCACUCGCGCGUCCUGAGACUACGACGGAAACCCAACCCGAAUGCCCUGGGAUAUUCAAAUAUCCGAUGCAAAAAACCACCGUAUGCCUGA